AUGAACCUGUCGGGCUACAGCUUGAUGGUGUCGGCCAAUGGGACCAGAGUGCAGGAAUUCAUUUUGCUGGGAUUUGGAGUUGGACAACAGGGACGGUUCCUGCUCCUCAUAUUUUUCAUUCUUCUGUAUGUACUCAGUAUGGCCGAGAACCUCACCAUCAUCGUACUGGUGGUCCUGGACACCCACUUGUCCCGGCUUCCCAUGUACAUCCUGCUGAGCAACUUCUCCUGUCAGUUCUAUGUGUUCUUCUCAUUGGGCACCACGGAAAGUUUCUUCCUGUCAGCCAUGGCCUUGGAUCGAUACUUGGCCAUCUGCCACCCUCUGCGGUACCCGCAAAUCAUGUCCAAAGAUUUCUGCUCUGCUCUCGUGGCCGCUUGUUGGCUCCUCGGCUUCCUGUGGUACAUUUUCCCAAUGAUUUUGAUCUCCAGGUUGUCCUUCUGUGGCCCCAACAUCAUUGACCACUUUCUGUGUGACCCUGGGCCAAUUUUGUCUCUGGCCUGCCCUCCACUAGGAAUUGCCCCUAGUGUCUGCCAGGUCUUUAUGAACGCUUCUGGUUUGGUCAAUGUUGCUUUUGUUGUGCUAUCCUAUAGUGUUGUGAUUCUCACCCUGACGAAAAGCUCUUACCGAGGUGGUCGUAGGAAAGCCUUCUCCACCAUAUCUUUCCACCUGGUGGUGGUGACACUUUAUUAUGGGUCUAUUACAGCCAUAUACUUAGUUCCAAGUGGAGAAAAUCAGUCAGAGGUCACCAAGGCAGUUACACUUUUCUACACUGCAGUGACACCCUUUCUCAACCCCCUGAUCUACACUCUGAGGAACGAUCAGGUGAAGGAAGCUGUAAGUCAGUUGUGGAAAAGGUUUCAGACAAGAAAACUGACAGAAUAA